GAGAACGGGAAUAUAUAAACAGCCUCUGAGGAAAGAGACCAGAAACAAGGCGAACAAAUCAUUCCCUCCCUCAGUCAACCACACUGAGGCAUACCUGAGCAACGCCAUGAUCUUCCUAAUGGAUUUACAGGUGAUGCUGCUGGAUGUGCUGUACUUCAUCCUGCGCUCCUGUCUGCGGCUCGUGUUCAGACCCCGCACGAAGCCCAUAGACGGCGAGUUGGUGCUAAUAACCGGCUCUGGGGGUGCUUUGGGGCGGCUGUUCGCCCUGGAGUUCACCAAACACGGCGCAGAAGUGGUGCUGUGGGACGUCAACGGGGAAGCUAAUGAGGACACCGCCAAACUGGUGAGGGCGCGAGGGGGGCAGGCGCACGCGUACACGGUGGAUGUGACAAAACGGGAAGAAGUUUACCGGACAGCCGACCUCGUACGGGAGGAGGUGGGAAGAGAUGUGACCUACCUGGUGAACAAUGCCGGGGUGGUCGCCGGUGAGAGACUUCUGGACUGUCCCGAUUACUUGUUGGAGAGGACCCUGAAAGUAAACUGCCACGCUCUCUUCUGGACUGUGAAGGCAUUCCUGCCCCAGAUGAAGGAUAAAAAUCAUGGGCACAUCAUCACUAUAGCCAGCGUUCUUGGACUCUUCAGCACAGCCUGUGUAGAGGACUACUGUGCCAGUAAGUUUGCUGCAGUGGGGUUUCAUGAAUCUCUGGCCCAUGAACUGCUGACCGAAGACUUGGAUGGAGUGAAAACUACUCUUGUGUGUCCUUAUAUUGUGGACACUGGCAUGUUUGAAGGCUGCAGAAUCAGGGAGGAAGUUGCGCUGAUCCUGCCUCCAUUGGAGCCCUUGUACUGUGUCCAGCAGGCCAUGAAUGCCAUUCUGAUAGACCAGCCAUUAGUUUGCAUCCCCAGACUAACAUACCUUCCCUUCCUGGCCAGAGCUCUUUUACCAUGGGAAUCCAAUGCGGUGACAUAUCGCUUUAUGGGUUCAGACAACUGCAUGUAUCCAUUCAUUGAGACCAUGAAGAAGAGAGGAGGCAAUAGCCCACUGAAAGCUGAUUAACACAGAUACGAAUCCUGCAGCCACUGAUGUGUUACAUGUUGAAAUUAACACUGAUGUGUGGGUAAAUCCUGUUUGAAGUAAAAUGAAAAUCUUUUGUUUA